AUGGCCAAGGGCAGGAAGGCCAAUCCCAGCGACCGGAGUGCCGGUAUCUGGUUUGCUCACCCCGGAGCACACCAGAGUCAGCCUGAGUCCAUUACACGUUCUGCACUCAAGCAGAUCCAGCAGCCAGCAGAAGUUCAGUAUAUUGAGGACAGAUUGCCACGGGCAUACCGAGCUCGGGAGCAGAAAGCAGUGAACAACAAUUUCCCAUUUUCUUCUCAUGACAACAGACACAGUCUACGGAAUGUAGGAGAGUAUUUUGAUUCUGGUAUGGGCCGGAAGAAGGUAGAUCCAGAGAGACAGCAACAGAACUCCCAGAACUUCUUCCUGUGGGCUCAUGAAUCAAUUCCUAGCAGCAAGGAUGGCUUAACCAUUUAUCAGACAUCAUUUGUCAGACAUGAAAAUACUGAGAGAGAGUUUUUCGGGCGGUACCCGAAACAACACUCCAAACAAUGUGACACUGACAAACCCGUUCCCUGGAACAGAAGAAAACUGCAGCCAAACAAUCCAUCUUAG